GUGUGGUUUCCAUCACAAAAUAAUCUCAGCAGUCAGCACUAUUAGAGCUAAAAGCAGCAAUCGAGCAGGAAUAAGAUGUAUGAUGUGAUUAUUAUUGGUGCUGGCGUUGAAGGAAGUGCUACAGGAUACCACCUAGCUUCAAAAACCGGCAAAAAAGUGCUGCUCCUGGAGCAGUUUGACAGAGGACAUACAAGAGGUAGUUCUCAUGGAGGGUCCCGUAUCACUAGGAGAGCUUAUCAUCAAAGCUAUUAUGUUAAAAUGAUGGACGAAGCUUUUAAACUGUGGUCGGACAUUGAGAAAGAAUCAGGGAAGCAGUUGUAUCAUAAAACCGGAAUAAUUGUUUUUGGUCCGGAAAAAUCUGCUUCCAACUCGAGGAAAAGAAUCCAAGACUACAUCAAAUCAAUGGAGGACAAUGGAGUGUCUCAUCGAGUUAUGAGAGCUAAAGAAGUUAAUGAUGAAUAUAAGGAUCAGUUGAAGUUACCUGAUGAGUACUUGUGUGUGUCUGAAGAAGAUGGAGGAAUAUUGAGAGCCUCUAAAGCUGUUGAUACUUUACAAGAUUUAUUCAUACAAAAUGGUGGUGAGUUGCUUGAUAAUCAUCAAGUGACUGGUAUAAUCAAUAAUGAUGAUGAUACCAUCACUAUACUCACUGGCAGUGGGACUCAGUUCAAUACUAAGAAACUGAUACUAACCACUGGACCAUGGACUAACAAAGUAUUGCAAUAUACUGGAAUUGAACUACCUUUAAAAGUUCACAAAGCUGAAGUUUUUUACUGGAGGACGGAAAAUCCAAAGCAUUUCUCUGCUGAUGUUUUCCCAGUUUUUGUUGGUAUCAGUGGAGAUGGUCACACAUAUGGACUACCUGUGUUUGAAUAUCCUGAUCUAUUAAAAGUAUGUCCACACACUUAUGAAGAGAUUGAUCCUGAUGCCAGGGAUGUUAAUCCUACUAGUGUUGGCCUGCCUGUUGUAUCUCAGUUCAUUAAAGAGCACUUUAAAGGAGUAGAUCACACUAAACCAGCCAUUCAUGAAUUUUGCAUAUGGACACAAACUUCUAAUUAUGAUCCAUUUCUCGAUUACCAUCCAAAUUACCCUAACAUCAUAAUUGGAGCUGGUUUUUCAGGUCAUGGUUUUAAGUUAGCUCCAAUUGUUGGGAAGAUAUUGAGUGAACUGGCCUUGGGUGAAACUCCUUCCUAUGACCUUUCACCUUUCAAGAUACAACAAGCUUAUACUAGUAUUCCGUCUAUUGUUGCUCCUCCUGCCAAUAAAGAAGUUCAAACUAGUACAAGUUCUCCUCCUCUUGCUCCUCCUCCUGAGCACAACCUUUAUGACGUGAUAGUAGUUGGAGCUGGAGUUGAAGGAAGUGCUACAGCUUAUACACUCACUGCAAAGGGAAAGAGAAAUAUCCUCCUGCUUGAACAGUUUGAUAGAGGACAUACAAGAGGUAGUUCACAUGGAGGGUCCCGUAUCACUAGGAGAGCUUAUCAUCAAAGCUAUUAUACAGGAUUGAUGGACGAAGCUUUUAAACUGUGGUCUGAGAUUGAGAAAAAAUCAGGGAAGCAGUUGUAUCAUAAAACCGGUAUUUAUGUGUUUGGUUCAAAGGAUUCCAAGGGAAGUCUUAAAGGAUCUUCAGUAGCCGACUACAUCCAAUCAAUGGAGGACAAUGGAGUGUCUCACAGAGUUAUGAGAGCUAAAGAAGUUAAUGAUGAAUAUAAGGAUCAGUUGAAGUUACCUGAUGAGUACUUGUGUGUGUCUGAAGAAGAUGGAGGAAUACUGAGAGCAUCUAAAGCUGUUGAUACUUUACAAGAUUUAUUCAUACAAAAUGGUGGUGAGUUGCUUGACAAUCAUCAAGUGACUGGUAUAAUCAAUAAUGAUGAUGAUACCAUUACUGUACUCACUGGCAGUGGGACUCAGUUCAAUACUAAGAAACUGAUACUAACCACUGGACCAUGGACUAACAAAGUAUUGCAAUAUAUUGGAAUUGAACUACCUCUAAAGAUGCUAAGAGUGGAGCAUUGCUAUUGGAAGACAUUGAAUCCUGAGUCAUACUCAGUGAGGAAUUUCCCUGUAUUUGCUUGUAUUCUUUCUACUGGACUUGUGUAUGGAGUACCAAUACUAGAAUACCCUGGAUUAGUUAAAAUUUCUUUUCGCAAUAUCAAAGAGAUAGAGGUUGAUCCCGAUUGCAGGGACUUUAAAUCCUCUCAUCUUGAAGAUUGCAAAAUACUCUCCGAGUUUCUGGAGACCCAUUCGUUUAGAGAUCUUGACUACUCAACUCCUGCCAUAGUUGAGCAGUGCAUUUACACGAAGACACCUUCUAGUGAUCCUUAUCUUGAUUACCAUCCAAAUAAUCCAAACAUAAUAAUUGGUGCAGGAUUUUCAGGUCAUGGUUUUAAGUUAGCUCCAAUUGUUGGGAAGAUAUUGAGUGAACUGGCCUUGGGUGAAACUCCUUCCUAUGACCUUUCACCUUUCAAGAUACAACAAGCUUAUACUAGUAUUCCAUCUAUUGUUGCUCCUCCUGCCAAUAAAAAAGUUCAAACUAGUGCAAGUUCUCCUCCUCUUGCUCCUCCUCCUGAGCACAAACUUUAUGACGUGAUAGUAGUUGGGGCUGGAGCUGAAGGAAGUGCUACAGCUUAUACACUCACUGCAAGGGGAAAGAGAAAUAUUCUCCUCCUUGAACAGUUUGAUAGAGGACACACAAGAGGUAGUUCAUCUGGUGGAUCCCGUAUCACAAGGAAGGCUUAUCAUCAGGGCUAUUAUGUAAAAAUGAUGGACGAAGCUUUUAAGCUGUGGUCGGACAUUGAGAAAAAAUCAGGAAAGCAGUUGUAUCAUAAAACAGGUUUUUAUGUGUUUGGUUCGAAGGAUUCCAAGGGAAGUCUUAAAGGAUCUUCAGUAGCUGACUACAUCCAAUCAAUGGAGGACAAUGGAGUGUCUCACAGAGUUAUGAGAGCUAAAGAAGUUAAUGAUGAGUAUAAGGAUCAGUUGAAGUUACCUGAUGAGUACUUGUGUGUGUCUGAAGAAGAUGGAGGAAUACUGAGAGCAUCUAAAGCUGUUGAUACUUUACAAGAUUUAUUUAUACAAAAUGGUGGUGAGUUGCUUGACAAUCAUCAAGUAACUGGUAUAAUCAAUAAUGAUAAUGAUACCAUCACUGUACUCACUGGCAGUGGGACUCAGUUCAAUACUAAGAAACUGAUACUAACCACUGGACCAUGGACUAACAAAGUACUGCAAUAUACUGGAAUUGAGCUACCUUUAAAGAUAUUGAAAGUUGAACAUUUUUAUUGGAAGACAUUGAAACCAGAGUCCUUUGCAGUCGGGAAUUUUCCAAUAUUUGCUUGCGUUCUUUCUACUGGACUUUUAUAUGGACUGCCAGUACUAGAAUACCCUGGAUUGAUGAAAAUUUCUUUUCACAAUACUAGUAAGGGGACAGAGGUUGAUCCUGAUUGUAGGGACUUUCUAACUCCUCGUCCUGAGGCGUCUAAAAUAAUCUCAGAGUUUCUGGAGGCUCAUUCAUUUAAAGAUCUUGACUACUCAAGCCCUGCCAUUGUGGAGGAGUGCAUGUACACGAAGACACCUUCUGGUGAUCCUUAUCUCGAUUACCAUCCAAAUAAUCCAAACAUCAUAAUUGGUGCAGGAUUUUCAGGUCAUGGUUUUAAGUUAGCUCCAAUUGUUGGGAAGAUAUUGAGUGAACUGGCCUUGGGAGAAACUCCUUCCUAUGACCUUUCACCUUUCAAGAUACAAUCAUGAAGACAAAUUGGAUUUUCUAUGCAUUAUCUAUAUUUUUGAUGCAACAAUAAAUGACAGCUGAAAUCAAAUUGACAAAAUGUUAUGUAAAUGUUUUUUGUCAUUAGCUUGGUUUACCUGUGA